UGAGCCCCCACUUCCGCCGCAGCAUCUCCCGAAGAAGAAACCGGCGCUGUUUUUGAACUGUGAGGAGGAAUCUCUAUGGGAGGAAUGUGCAGCUUUACCAGGCAGGUGUGGUUCUGCUGGACUGUGAAUAAACUCUAACAUCCACUUUAACAUCGACAGCUGUUACAUUGUACUUCAUCCGCACGAUCACUGGGACAUUUUUGUCCAGCUCCAGAUAACUCAGCCACACUAAGACACGAUGGAGCCGUCUGUGGUAAACCUGUUCAGCCAGUUCCAGAGUCUCACAGCCCAGGUGGAUGGUCUAAAUGAGAGCAUUGAACCACAGUUCCUCCAGAUGGCUAUGAACUUUGAAGAGUGCCGUAAGAAGUGGCUGGGAAAAGACGAGGAGCUGCUUUCCUGUAAAGAGGUGCUGGCCAAAUCAGAGACUGAAAAGGGAGCCCUAGAGGUCAAACUUAAGCAUGCUCGCAACCAGGUGGAUGUGGAGAUCCGCCGUCGCCAGAAAGCUGAAUCUGUCUAUGAGAAACUGGAACGGCAACUACAGCUGAUCCGGGAGCUGUUGAUAUCAGAAAACAACGGCAGUGUCCACCUGAGUGAGGAGCAGCGCUCUGCCCUGGCCUUCCUCAGUGCCCACUCCCAGGCAGCACAGGCUGCCAAAGGCAAUCUCAACACCAGUCGAAGGUUAACUACCAUUGAUGAAUCAGCUUCUUUGCUGUCUGACAUCAGCUAUGACCAAACAGAUGACUCUUUGGACUGGGAUUCCUCUGCAGUGAAAACUUUGAGGCUGCGGAAGCGACAGAAACGGCGUUCCUCCAGAAAACUUCAGGAUAUCCCUCCACAGGCUCUGAAGAAACCUCGCUCCUCUGGGCGCACAGCAGACAGGAUGAAUGAAUCUAUAGUGGCCAAAACCACCAUCACUGUGCCUGUGAAUGGUGGGACUGUAGAGGCUGUCUCCACCAUUGCAACUGUGCCUUACUGGACACGCAGCAGGAAGAGUGCCGCUCUAGAAUGGGCUGAUACAACCACUACUGAUCAAUCAGAGACAGCUAGUGAGGCUCCCAGCACGCCAGUCUCAGAGUUCCCAGCCAAACUGCGAACCUCCAAAGCUAAUGUGGGAGGAAAGAAGCACCAGUUUAUUGCCAAAACAGUGAUCAAGUCAGAGUUCUGUGCACCAUGCGGAAGAAGAACAAAGUUUGGCAAGAUGGUCCUCCGCUGCCAGGAUUGUAGGGUUGUGACCCAUCCAGAGUGUCGUGACCGCUGUCCCCUGCCCUGUAAUCCCACAGCUGUUAGCACUCCCAUGAGGAACACAGAGAGCACAUUGGCCGACUUCACUCCAGCCACUUCUCCAAAGAUCCCGCCUCUGGUUAUCUACUGUAUUAAGGAAAUCGAACACAGAGGCCUACAUGAGGUUGGCCUGUACAGAGUCUCUGGCCAAGAGCGCUCUGUGAGGGAGCUGAAGGAGAAGCUGAUUAGAGGAAAGACUCUUCCUCUGCUCAGCAAAGUAGAAGAUAUCAACGUCAUCGCAGGUGUCCUCAAAGACUUCUUCAGAAAGCUUCCAGAGCCGCUGCUCACCUUUAAACUCAACAGAGCCUUCAUGGAGGCGGCAGAAAUCCAGGAUGAAGACAACAGUCUUGCCGUGCUGUAUCAGACCAUCAGUGAGCUUCCUCAACCUAACCGGGACAGUCUGGCCUGCCUCAUGAUCCAUCUACAGAAAGUCUCUCACAGUGUGGACACUAAGAUGGAUGUGCACAACCUGGCCAGGGUGUUUGGGCCGACCCUUGUGGGUCAUGCUGUUCCGGAUCCAGAGCCUAUGACCAUCCUGCAUGAUACAAACAGACAACCAAGGGUUAUAGAGCGCUUGCUCAGUAUUCCAGCGGGCUACUGGAGCCAUUUUGCCUAUCCAGAUAGUGCAGACAUGGGCGAUCCCCACCACAUGGAAACUCCUGACCACAAAGGGAGCAUACUGGGACCAGUGACCACUCCAGAGCACCAGAUGAUGUCCAAAACACCGUCCUCCAGCUCUCUCUCCAAGCGCAUGAUGCACACUCUCUCCAGCACAUCCAUAUUUGGGAGCAAGAGCAAAGCAACAGCUGUCUCGAACCGCCAGUGCAACUUCUUCGCUUCUCCACAGCUGAAGUAACGGUAAAAGAUGAUAAAAAACAAAACAAAAAGGCCACCUAAAUUGUACCUCUGGGUCACUAACUGCAAUAAAAGAAUAUAUAUGUUUAGAUAAUCAUGUGGGACUAAAACUACUUUGCAAUUAUAGCGUGUAACAGUUUUAUUACUGAGUUUUUAUACAUGUAUCUUAUGCACGUUUUUCUAGCCAGGUCUCAUCUUUCAAAAGAUUCCUGCAUGCAUGUUGAAGUUUGUUUUUAUAUCUUUGAUUACUAAUGAUUAAGUGACCAAAACUGCUGCAACACCAGUUUGAUUGUAAGAAGUCUGAAGGCCUAAUGACCAAACUACCAUCCUAAACAUAUUCAAGGAUGAUUAUAUUCUACUUCAUGCUUUGAUGAUGUUAAAAUACUAUGCAUUCAUUGUGUUGGAUUUCUAAACCUGUGGUUUUAACCACAGUGUCAGUAGUGCUUGGGCACUUGUGAAAUACAGUGCUGCAAUGAGGAAAGAGCACAGAUGUUUUUUUAAUAGCCAGUGUUUCUUUGUCUUUGGCAUUGGUUGCCUUGUUGUUUUCCUGAAAGUGACACCUUACUUCUUUUCAUGAUUUUUUAAAUAUAUAUUUAUGUUGAUUGCACAAUAUGAUGACAUAUAAAAAUCAUGAUGAUUUGUAUGAUUUAACAAUACUGCAAUGUAAACACUGAUACUGAAUGGGAAUAAUGCAUUUUGCACUGUAGCUACCUAACAACAACCUGGGAAAAUGUGUAUAUACCUGGGAGUACUAACCACUAGAGGUCGCUGUUGCGCCACUUCUAAUAAGCAAGCCAUAAACAAUGAAGAUGACCUGCUAUAAGUUAUGCACACCAGUCAGUAUUUCUGACCAUAAUUGCUUUUAGACAUGGACUGAUCAUUGAAAAUGUUGUGGGAUUUUCCUGUGAGACAUCACGGUCAGUCAAUUAUUUCUCUCUCACAAGCCAAAGAUUCAAUAUAACGUGAGUGGUCUUCUCAAUUUAAAAAAGAAAAAAUACAAUCUGGGGCUUCUUUAGUAAUUAUGCACAUUUAUGUUUUUUUAUGUAUUUGUAUUGACACUGAUUUUCUUGUGGGGUUGCAUCACCAGUAAUGCAAAACAAAUGACGCUCUUUCUGAGGUGAUUUCUUCUCUCUGCUGCUCACGCUCUGUCACGCCUCAUUAGCCCCAGAUUUUAACAUGAUGAUGACAUUACUGGUUCAAGUGUUAGUUAUUUAGAGGAGAGAAAUUCAUUAUGACAAACCGAUUUCACAGUUUUCCUCAUUAAACCAAAUAUAACCAACUUUGCUGCCACUAUUUAUACUGUGAGAAUGUAAGACUCUGGUAUAAUUAUGUUUUAUGCAUUCUUGUACAAGUACUCCAUUGUAUUGUUAUAUUUCUCUAAUGAAAUAUUUUCUAACUGAUGUAGUUACUUUAACCUACUUUUUGUGGACUAAAUGUUAACACUCAUUUCUUUGUCUGAGCUUAAUUAAAAUCAUGGAAGUCCAUGGUUGAGCUGAAAAUAAAGCAUCAAAAGACUGCU